GAUCGGGACCCCCGAGGGUCGCUCUAGCCGGCGCACGCACCUCUGUGGUGCCAGGCCGCAGGCGCCGACGCUGCACUUCCGGGCGCCAUUCAAGUUAUGAAUUCCCUCCCCCGCCACCACCAGGAUGCGGAAGAUCUCAGUGCUGCUCUUCCUGGCCUGGGUGGGCUUCCUCUUCUACGCCGGCAUUGCUCUCUUCACCAGUGGCUUCCUGCUCACCCGUUUGGAGCUCACCAACCAUAGUAGCUGCCAAGAGCCCCCAGGCCCUGGGUCCCAGCCAUGGGGGAGCCGAGGGGAGCCCGGGGCCUGCUGGAUGGCUUCCCGAUUCUCCCGGCUUGUGUUGGUGCUGAUAGACUCUCUGCGAUUUGACUUUGCCCAGCCCCAGCUCUCACAUGUUUCUGGGGAGCCUCCCGUCUCCCUGCCCUUCCUGGGCAAACUGGGCUUCUUGCAGAGGAUCCUGGAAAUUCAGCCCCACCAUGCCAGGCUCUACCAGUCCAAGGUUGACGCCCCGACCACCACCAUGCAGCGCCUCAAGGCCCUCACCACCGGCUCACUGCCUACCUUUAUUGACGCUGGCAGUAAUUUUGCCAGCUAUGCCAUAGCGGAAGACAAUCUCAUUAAGCAGCUUACCAGUACAGGAAGGCGUGUGGUCUUCAUGGGAGAUGAAACCUGGAACGAUCUUUUUCCUGGAGCUUUCUCCCAAGCUUUCUUUUUCCCGUCCUUCGAUGUUAGAGACCUACACACAGUGGACAAUGGUAUCCUGGAACACCUCUACCCAACCAUGGACAGUGGUGAAUGGGAUGUGCUGAUUACUCACUUCCUGGGUGUGGAUCACUGUGGCCACAAGCAUGGCCCUCAUCAUCCUGAAAUGGCCAAGAAACUUAGCCAAAUGGACCAAGUGAUCCAGGGACUCGUGGAGCGUCUGGAGAAUGACACACUGCUGGUAGUGACUGGGGACCAUGGGAUGACCACGAGUGGGAACCAUGGAGGGGACAGUGAGCUGGAGACCUCAGCUGCACUUUUUCUGUAUAGUCCUACAGCCCUCUUCCCCAGCGCCCCACCAGAGGUGAGGCCUGAGGAGCCAGAGGUAAUUCCUCAAAUCAGCCUUGUGCCUACGCUGGCCCUGCUGUUGGGCCUGCCCAUCCCAUUUGGGAACAUCGGGGAGGUGAUAGCUGAGGUGUUCUCAGAGGUCGAAGACUCCCAGCCUCACUCUGCUACUCUGGCCCAAGCCUCAGCUCUCCAUCUCAAUGCCCAGCAGGUGUCCCGAUUUCUUCACACCUACUCAACUGCUGCUCAGGACCUCCAAGUUAAGGAGCUUCAUCGACUGCAGAACCUCUUCUCCAAGGCUUCUGCUGACUACCAGCAGCUUCUGCAGAGCCCCCAGGGGGCUGAGGCAGCACUACAGACUGUGAUUACUGAGCUGCAGCAGUUCCUGCGGGGAGUUCGGGCCAUGUGCAUUGAGUCUUGGGCUCGUUUUUCUCUGGUCCGCAUGGCAGGGGGUGCUGCUCUCUUGGCUGCUACCUGCUUUCUUUGCCUACUGGUAUCCCAGUGGGCAACAUCCCCAGGCUUCUAUUUCCGCCCUCCCUUAAUACCCAUGGCCUGGGGUUUGACUGGGGCCGUAGUGUGUGCUGGACUCCUGGCAAGUACUGGGCUGAAGCUGGAUUCAGUGGUUCUAGGGGCCAUGGCUGCAGUGGGCUCACUUCUGCCUUUUCUGUGGAGAGCCUGGGCUGGCUGGGGAGCUAAGAGGCCCCUGGCAGCCCUGCUUCCCAUGCCUGGGCCUGUCCUGUUACUUCUGCUCAUUCGCUUUGCUGGUUUCUUCUCUGAUAGCUUCGUUAUAGCCGAGGCCAGGGCUGCCCCCUUCCUUUUGAUCUCACUUAUCUUGCUCCUGGUUGCCCAGCUUCACUGGGAGGGCAAGCUGCUGCCACCUAAGCUACUCACAAUACCUCGCCUUGGCUUUCUGACCCCAGCAGGCCCCCCACGUCACAAUGGCACGCAUGCCCUGGGGCUUGGAGUUGGGUUGCUUUUAUGUAUAAGGCUAGCUGGGCUUUUUCAUCGCUGCCCUGAAGAGACGCCUGCUUGCAGCUCCUCUCCCUGGCUGAGUCCCCUGGCAUCCAUGGUGGGUGGUCGAGCCAAGAAUGUGUGGUAUGGAGCUUGUGUGGGGGCGCUGGCGGCCCUGUUAGCUGCCGUGCGCCUGUGGCUUCGCCGCUAUGGUAAUCUCAAGAGCCCUGAGCCCCCUGUGCUCUUUGUGCGCUGGGGGCUGCCGCUGAUGGGACUAGGCACUGCCGCCUACUGGGCCUUGGCAUCAGGGGCGGAUGAAGCACCCCCACGUCUCCGGGCCCUGGUCGCCGGGGCAUCAGUUAUGUUACCUAGGGCUGUGGCUGGGUUGGCUGCUUUAGGGCUCAUGCUGCUGCUCUGGAGGCCUGUGACGGUGCUGGUGAAAGCUGCAGCGGGUGCUCCACGGACCAGGACUGUCCUCACUCCCUUCUCAGGCCCCCCCACUUCUCAGGCUGACCUGGAUUAUGUGGUUCCUCAAAUCUACCGACACAUGCAGGAGGAGUUCCGGGGCCGGCUAGAGAGGACCAAACCUCAGGGCCCCCUGACGGUGGCCGCCUAUCAGUUGGGGAGUGUCUACUCAGCUGCUAUGGUCACGGCCCUCACCCUCUUGGCCUUUCCACUUCUGCUAUUGCAUGCAGAGCGCAUUAGCCUUGUGUUCCUGCUUCUGUUUCUGCAGAGCUUCCUUCUCCUGCAUCUGCUUGCUGCUGGGAUACCCAUCACCACCCCUGGUCCUUUUACUGUGCCUUGGCAGGCAGUCUCUGCUUGGGCCUUCAUGGCAACACAGACCUUCUAUUCCACGGGUCACCAGCCCGUCUUUCCAGCUAUCCAUUGGCAUGCUGCCUUCGUGGGAGUCCCAGAAGGUCAUAACUUUCCCUGGCUGUCUGCUUUGCUGGUGGGAACCAACACCUUUGCCUCUCAUAUCCUCUUUGCAGUAGGUUGCCCAUUGCUCCUGCUCUGGCCCUUUCUCUGUGAGAGUCAAGGGACCCGGAAGAGACGGCAGCCCCCAGGGAAUGAAGCUGAGGCCAGAGUCAGGCCUGAGGAGGAGGAGGAACCACUGAUGGAGAUGCGGCUCCGGGAUGCGCCUCACCACUUUAAUGCAGCGCUGCUGCAGCUGGGCCUCAAGUACCUCUUUGUCCUUGGUAUUCAGAUUUUGGCCUGUGCCUUGGCAGCCUCCGUCCUCCGCAGGCAUCUCAUGGUCUGGAAGGUGUUUGCCCCCAAGUUCAUUUUUGAGGCCAUGGGCUUCAUUGUGAGCAGCGUGGGACUUUGCCUGGGCAUAGCUUUGGUGAUGCGAGUGGAUGGUGCUGUGAGCUCCUGGUUCAGGCAGUUAGUUCUGGCCCAGCAGAAAGCUGGAGAACAGUCUAGCCUGGUUUAUACCGGUGCUGGAUCAUCUGCAAGAGAGGCUCAGUCACACCUCUUACCACCAUGCAGCCAGGAUCUACUGGCAUCUGGGACUUCAUUAUUUUAUAAUUCAAAAUCAUAGUGGAGCCUAAUCCUGCUUUGGAUACAUCUGAGGGACUGAGGGGCUGCCUCCGAAGUGGAAUAAAAUAAUGAUGUAAAUAUGUGUGUCUGAGGUGUGGGGGGGCCCCCACUGUCCUGUAGGGGAUAUGAGGAGGGUCAGUCUCCCCUCAUCCAGGCACAGAUGGGAUCAGCCAUCUUAUGGAGACCUGGUCACAUCUGAGAACCUCUGGGAGGUGGUUGGAGUUGUCUGAAUUCACUUCUCCCAACUCUUCCCAAAUCACUACUGUUAUUCCACCUGCCAUUUUCCUUUGCCAUGGAACAUAUUUUAUUAAUUCUUUUGCUUUGGCUGAUAACAGAGAUGGCUGAAAAGACAGGCCCAGGCAUCAUGGAGUACACAGACUUUCACUGUCUAAAGCCCCAAUAGUGCUGUAUCUCCUCCUCAACGGUGUCUUUUCACUUCAGAACACCCUUUGCCUUUCACGUCUGUGGCAGCUUCCCUGGUUUCCCAACCUAUGCUGCCUUUUAUCAGACCUACUCACCCAUCUAACACACUUUGUCCCAUUGAUUAUUCCUGACUUGAAGCCAAAAUUGUAUGAACUAAUGCUCCUCACAUGUCUCUUGUGCCUUCCAUCCACCUCACUACUCCUGUGUCAUGUUGAAGUGCUGGCAUAAAAUCCUCAUGGAAACAUCCAUCAAAGAAGUGGGGAAGAGGUUCUGAGAAGGGUCAGGACUGGGGUUUGAGGUUUGAGGGUGCCCAGGACAGGAAGAGAUGAGACCACUGAAAGAUGACGUAUAUGAUUUGCAAAUAAUUUCUCCCACUUUGUGACCUUUGAGUUUUAUUUCUUUUUUUAUUGAGGUAUAAUUGAC